GGUCUCUUUAAGAAAAAGUGCUGUAAUUCAGUUGUGUACAAUAUGAAUACAAGGGAAAACCCUUUAAAAUAAUUUUGACAGUUUACCACAUUAGGCCACGCCCCAUCCGCUCAUGCUGAACGUCUAUUGGUCCACGAAUUCGCCUCGGGUUCUGAUUGGUCAAUUACUGUAGGUUUCCCUCAGAACUGCAAGACGCCGAUAUUGCGUUACAUUGUAGCAAAAUGGCGGCUGUCAUUCAGAAUCCACUAAAAGCGUUGGGAGACCAGUUCUAUAAGGAGGCCAUCGAGCAGUGCCGCAGCUACAAUGCCCGCCUGUGUGCUGAACGCAGCGUCCGCCUGCCGUUCCUGGACUCUCAGACUGGCGUUGCCCAGAACAAUUGCUACAUCUGGAUGGAACGCCACCAACGCAGCCCCGGUGUUGCCGCCGGGCAGAUGUACACUUACCCCGCCCGCUGCUGGAGAAAGAAAAGACGGCUGCACAACACCACCGAUCCACGCCUGGGCAUCUACGGCCUUCAGCUCGACGGCGGCCUCAUGUCCAGAGAUGGUUUGCCCACCCAGAGCACCACGCUGGAGGCUCUGCUGCGAGGGGGUCUCGACAAGAGGAACAACUCCAAGAAUGACGAGGAGAGCCUGCUGGAGAUCCAGAGGGUUUUGGAGGCAGAUGCGGCCGAAGAUGCGUUUAAUGAUGAUGAUGAUUUUGAGGUAGACACUCCUAAAAGGAGACAUCGAGGCAAAGGAAGAGGUCGAGGUUCGGGCCGCAGGAGGACAGAUCUGGAUGAUGAUAAGCCAUACUUCUGUGACAACAGAUAUAGACAGAAGCAGAACUCCAAACCUUUGACCUCAGUCUGUACAAAGCGCUACAGGAACCGCACAGGACUCAGUUACCACUACACCCAUUCCCACCUGGCAGAGGAGGACAGAGCCGGGGAGAGAAGCACGGUGGCCUCCCGCUCCCCCUCUGCACCACUGUCCGACAGACACAAACGUCCAAAGAGUUCUGGUGGGACCAGCAUACCCAACAACUACUGUAAUAAAUGCCAUGGCUCAAACAGGAAACUGGGUAAAACUGGCUCUGCCUGUCAAUGCACAACUGACCGGGGGGAGGAAAAAGAAGACGGAACGUUUACUGGAGCCGAGGAGCUUUUUGGCACCACCUCUGAGAGCGACACUUCCACUUUUCAUGGCUUUGAGGACGACGAGCUGGAGGAACCGGCCACAAACGGCAAUGGAAUAUCCAACCGUCACAGAUAGAACAACAAUUUUAGAUUUAAACGGACUUUUUAAAAAAUAUAAAUAUAUACAGAUUACCCCCCCGGCAAAAAUCAGCUGCUUCUUUUCAAUGUUUUUGUUUGUUUUGCUUUCAGAAAGCACAAAGUGACAAUUUCAGGACAGAAAUGCGAGUGGUAUUUUAUCUACUGAACAUUGUUGAAUAAUUUAUGAAUACUUUUCUUUUUUUUUUUAUAUAGAGCAUAAAUUAACCUUUUGAUGCAUCAAAUGACCAUCGGGGUUCCCCUAAAGGUGACUGUGCAGAACAGAA